UUUCUCGCCACUGUUUUCCAGCUCAUUUCGUUCAGAAUUAAUAAAACUAUAAUAGUAAUAAUCUGCUCCAGUAAUCCACCGCCACCGCCGUAUCCUCCGCUUAUUUUAACUGAAAAGAUGGAACAAAAGCUGACAGUAUCGAUAGACCAAAUGCCUCCCCGUGGAGCUCACCACCGGCGGGCUCACUCCGAUACAACUUUCCGUUUCGACGAUCUUCUCCUCUUCGACCCUUCCGACCUCGAUCUUUCCUUCCUUGACCUUCCGCCUUUCUCAUCCAAUCCCACUCCGCCGCAUGUCAUCCCCGUUCCCACCGAUUCCUCCGACGACUCCUCGUCCAGUGGCCACCCUCCUUUCUCCUCCCAUGGUAACCCCAGGCAUAUAUCUUCUCAUCUCCGUAGUCUUUCUGUUGACUCUGAUUUCUUCGAGGGAUUAGGAUUGGCUGGACCCGCAAUUUCCGGAGGAGCUGGAGAUGAGAAUUUUGGCGGGAAAGCAGGGGUGGGGGAGAAGAGGGCUCAUCAUAGGCAUAGUAAUUCCAUGGAUGGGUCUUUUGAGGCUCUGUCUUUGAUGGCUGUUGACGGUGUUAAGACAGCUAUGGCUCCUGAUAGGCUUGCUGAGCUUGCUCUUAUUGAUCCCAAGAGAGCUAAAAGGAUUCUGGCUAACAGGCAAUCGGCUGCACGCUUGAAAGAGAGGAAGAUUCGAUACACGAAUGAGCUUGAGAGGAAGGUUCAGACACUUCAGACAGAAGCUACCAAUCUCUCCGCGCUGGUCACAUUGUUACAGAGAGACACCACUGGACUGACUACUGAGAAUAAGGAACUCAAACUGCGGCUGCAGGCUAUGGAGCAACAAGAAAAGCUUAGAGAUGCACUGAAUGAUGCACUGAGGGAAGAAGUGCAACGGCUUAAGAUACAAGCCAGUCAAAUGUCAGCUAUGAACAGAAAUCCAUUCAACAGGGGACCGCUUCCUCAGUUUUUACCCCACCAACCUGCUCCGCACUUCGGUGUCCAUCAGACCCCACUGCACCAGCAGAUACAGAUGCCUCCGUCAUCCACCAACCAAACUCUCAACGGACAGCUGCGAAGUCGCGUCAUGGAUUUUAACCACAGCACUUAGUUUUCCGUUGGAAGAAAAUUCAUUAAAGGGAUCAUCUUGUACAUAUAAAUAUGUAUAUGCAUUUGUUUUCUUGCAAAAAAAAAAUGUAUAUGCAUUGCAGGUUGUGGUUGUGAAAAAGUGUUUGAUAGGAUCUGUCGCUUUGUAUCGGGUUCACAUAUGGCUUUACCACCCACUAGAUGAUAUUUGAAAUUAUAGAAUAAUUAUCC